UCCAGGUGCCGCGAGAUGGAGAUGUUUGGGAAUGCUGGAAAUGGGACAAUUCGAGUAUGGGAACUGGAUCUUCCAAAUAGAAAAAUCUGGCCAACUGAGUGCCAAACAGGACAGAUGAAAAGAAUAGUCAUGAGUAUUGGAAUGGCCGACGAUGAUAGCUUUUUCUACCUUGGCACCACGACUGGAGAUAUUCUAAAAAUGAACCCCAGGACUAAACUGCUGACAGAUGCAGGGCCUGCGAAGGACAAAUUCAGUUUGGGAGUGUCAGCUAUCAGGUGCCUGAAGAUGGGGGGUUUGUUGGUGGGCUCUGGAGCCGGACUGCUGGUCUUCUGUAAAAGCCCUAGCUACAAACCCAUCAAGAAGAUGCAGUUGCAAGGCCGCAUCACUUCGAUCACACUGCGAGGAGAAGGACACCAGUUUUUCGUAGGAACAGAAGAAUCGCACAUUUAUCGUGUCAGCUUCACGGAUUUCAAAGAGACGCUCAUAGCGACUUGUCACUUUGAAGCUGUGGAGGAUAUUGUCUUUCCAUUUGGCACUGCUGAGCUAUUUGCAACCUGUGCCAAGAAGGACAUCAGGGUGUGGCACACAUCAUCCAACAGGGAGCUACUGCGGAUCACCGUGCCCAACAUGACCUGCCACGGCAUCGACUUCAUGAGGGACGGCAAGAGCAUCAUUUCAGCAUGGAACGACGGUAAAAUCCGAGCCUUCGCCCCAGAGACAGGCCGACUGAUGUAUGUCAUUAACAAUGCUCACAGGAUCGGUGUCACCGCCAUCGCCACCACCAGUGACUGUAAAAGGGUCAUCAGUGGUGGUGGGGAAGGGGAGGUGAGGGUAUGGCAGAUAGGCUGUCAGACCCAGAAGCUGGAGGAGGCCCUGAAGGAACACAAGUCCUCAGUCUCCUGCAUUAGGGUGAAGAGGAACAAUGAGGAGUGUGUCACCGCCAGCACCGAUGGGACUUGUAUCAUUUGGGACCUUGUGCGUCUCAGGAGGAAUCAGAUGAUACUAGCCAACACCUUAUUCCAGUGUGUGUGCUAUCACCCUGAGGAGUUCCAGAUCAUCACCAGUGGAACAGACAGAAAGAUUGCUUACUGGGAAGUAUUUGAUGGGACAGUAAUCAGAGAAUUGGAAGGUUCCCUGUCUGGGUCGAUAAAUGGCAUGGAUAUCACACAGGAAGGGGUGCACUUUGUUACAGGUGGAAAUGACCAUCUGGUCAAAGUUUGGGAUUAUAAUGAGGGUGAAGUGACUCACGUUGGGGUGGGACACAGCGGCAACAUCACACGCAUCCGCAUAAGUCCAGGAAAUCAAUAUAUUGUUAGUGUAAGUGCCGACGGGGCCAUUUUGCGAUGGAAGUACCCAUACACCUCUUGA